CACUUCCCCAGCACCGCUCCGCCCCCGGAGGGAGAGAGAGCGCGCCGCCGAGGAGCCGAGGAGGCCCGCCGAGACCCGCCAGCCCGGGCGCGAGAGAAGUUGAGAGCAGCGCAGCGCAGAGUUGCGAGCCCCGUCGUCGCGCCCCGACAGCGCCCCAAGAGCGCCCAGCCCAGCCAAGCCAGCCCGCGCCCCAGCCCCAGCAUGAUGAACAACAGCGGCUACUCGGAGCCCGCGGGCCUCGGCCUGGGCGACGAGGCGGACGACAUGCCGUCCACGGAGAAGGACCUGGCGGAGGACGCGCCGUGGAAGAAGAUCCAGCAGAACACGUUCACGCGCUGGUGCAACGAGCACCUCAAGUGCGUGGGCAAGCGCCUGACCGACCUGCAGCGAGACCUCAGCGACGGGCUGCGCCUCAUCGCGCUGCUCGAGGUGCUCAGCCAGAAGCGCAUGUAUCGCAAGUUCCACCCGCGUCCCAACUUCCGCCAGAUGAAGCUGGAGAACGUGUCCGUGGCCCUCGAGUUCCUCGAGCGCGAGCACAUCAAGCUUGUGUCCAUCGACAGCAAGGCCAUCGUGGAUGGGAACCUGAAGCUGAUCCUGGGGCUGAUCUGGACGUUGAUCCUGCACUACUCCAUCUCCAUGCCCAUGUGGGAAGAUGAGGAUGAUGAAGAUGCCCGCAAACAGACGCCCAAGCAGCGUCUGCUUGGCUGGAUCCAGAACAAGGUGCCCCAGCUGCCCAUCACUAACUUCAACCGCGACUGGCAGGAUGGCAAAGCUCUGGGUGCCCUGGUGGACAACUGUGCCCCUGGCCUCUGCCCUGACUGGGAGGCCUGGGAUCCCAACCAGCCUGUGGAGAACGCCCGGGAGGCCAUGCAGCAGGCGGACGACUGGCUCGGGGUGCCCCAGGUGAUUGCCCCCGAGGAGAUUGUGGACCCCAAUGUAGAUGAGCAUUCUGUCAUGACCUACCUGUCCCAGUUCCCCAAGGCCAAGCUCAAACCUGGUGCCCCUGUUCGCUCCAAGCAGCUGAACCCCAAGAAGGCCAUUGCCUAUGGGCCUGGCAUUGAGCCCCAGGGCAACACCGUGCUGCAGCCUGCCCACUUCACCGUGCAGACCGUGGAUGCCGGUGUGGGCGAGGUGCUGGUCUACAUUGAGGAUCCUGAGGGCCACACCGAGGAGGCCAAGGUGGUUCCCAACAAUGACAAGGACCGCACCUAUGCUGUCUCCUACGUGCCUAAGGUUGCUGGGUUGCACAAGGUGACUGUGCUCUUUGCUGGCCAGAACAUCGAACGCAGCCCCUUUGAGGUGAAUGUGGGCAUGGCCCUUGGGGAUGCCAACAAGGUGUCAGCCCGUGGCCCUGGCCUGGAGCCUGUGGGCAAUGUGGCCAACAAACCUACCUACUUUGACAUCUACACUGCAGGGGCCGGCACUGGUGAUGUUGCCGUGGUGAUCGUGGACCCGCAGGGCCGGCGGGACACAGUGGAGGUGGCCCUGGAGGACAAGGGCGACAGCACGUUCCGCUGCACAUACAGGCCUGUGAUGGAGGGGCCCCACACAGUGCAUGUGGCCUUCGCUGGUGCCCCCAUCACCCGCAGUCCUUUCCCCGUCCAUGUGGCAGAAGAGCCCUUGCCACCGCUCGCCCCUUCCGUGCCCAUCGUCCACCAGGCCAAGAGAGUGGUGCCACCCUGUAACCCCAAUGCCUGCCGCGCCUCUGGGCGGGGCCUGCAGCCCAAGGGUGUGCGGGUGAAAGAGGUGGCUGACUUCAAGGUGUUCACCAAGGGCGCUGGCAGCGGAGAGCUCAAGGUCACAGUCAAGGGGCCAAAGGGCACAGAGGAGCUGGUGAAGGUGCGAGAGGCUGGGGACGGUGUGUUCGAGUGUGAGUACUACCCUGUGGUGCCUGGGAAGUAUGUGGUGACCAUCACGUGGGGCGGCUAUGCCAUCCCCCGCAGUCCCUUUGAGGUACAGGUGAGCCCAGAGGCAGGAGCGCAGAAGGUACGGGCCUGGGGGCCUGGUUUGGAAACUGGCCAGGUGGGCAAGUCAGCUGACUUUGUGGUGGAGGCCAUUGGCACGGAGGUGGGGACACUGGGCUUCUCCAUUGAGGGGCCUUCACAGGCCAAGAUCGAGUGUGAUGACAAGGGGGAUGGCUCCUGCGAUGUACGGUACUGGCCCACUGAGCCCGGGGAGUACGCCGUGCAUGUCAUCUGCGAUGAUGAGGACAUCCGAGACUCGCCCUUCAUUGCCCACAUCCAGCCAGCCCCACCUGACUGCUUCCCGGACAAGGUGAAGGCCUUUGGGCCUGGCCUGGAGCCCACUGGCUGCAUCGUGGACAAGCCUGCGGAGUUCACCAUUGAUGCCUCUGCAGCUGGCAAGGGAGACCUGAAGCUCUAUGCCCAGGACGCCGACGGCUGCCCUAUCGACAUCAACGUCUUCACCACUGGCAACGGCAUCUUCCGCUGCUCCUACGUGCCCACCAAGCCCAUUAAACACACCAUCAUCAUCUCUUGGGGAGGUGUCAACGUGCCCAAGAGCCCCUUCCGGGUAAACGUGGGAGAGGGCAGUCACCCUGAGAAAGUGAAGGUGUACGGCCCUGGCGUGGAGAAGACGGGCCUCAAGGCCAACGAGCCCACCUAUUUCACCGUGGACUGCAGCGAGGCGGGGCAAGGCGAUGUGAGCAUUGGCAUCAAGUGCGCCCCCGGCGUGGUGGGCCCCGCAGAGGCUGACAUUGACUUUGACAUCAUCAAGAAUGACAAUGACACCUUCACAGUCAAGUACACACCCCCAGGGGCCGGCCGCUACACCAUCAUGGUGCUGUUUGCCAACCAGGAGAUCCCUGCCAGCCCCUUCCACAUCAAGGUGGACCCAUCCCAUGAUGCCAGCAAGGUCAAGGCUGAGGGCCCUGGGCUGAACCGCACAGGUGUAGAAGUUGGGAAGCCCACUCACUUCACGGUGCUGACCAAGGGAGCUGGCAAGGCUAAGCUGGACGUGCACUUUGCCGGGGCCGGCAAGGGUGAGGCUGUGCGGGACUUUGAGAUCAUCGACAACCACGACUACUCCUAUACCGUCAAGUACACCGCCGUCCAGCAGGGCAACAUGGCAGUGACAGUGACCUAUGGUGGGGACCCCGUCCCCAAGAGUCCCUUUGUGGUGAAUGUGGCACCUCCGCUGGACCUCAGCAAAGUCAAAGUUCAAGGCCUCAACAGUAAGGUGGCUGUGGGGCAAGAACAGGCAUUCUCUGUGAACACACGAGGGGCUGGUGGUCAGGGCCAGCUGGAUGUGCGGAUGACCUCACCCUCCCGACGACCGAUCCCCUGCAAGCUGGAGCCUGGGGGCGGAGCUGAAGCCCAGGCUGUGCGCUACAUGCCUCCUGAGGAGGGUCCCUACAAGGUGGACAUUACCUACGACGGCCACCCGGUACCUGGCAGCCCCUUCACUGUGGAGGGUGUCCUGCCCCCCGACCCCUCCAAGGUUUGUGCUUAUGGCCCUGGUCUCAAGGGUGGGCUGGUAGGCAGCCCAGCGCCGUUCUCCAUCGACACCAAGGGGGCUGGCACCGGUGGCCUGGGGCUGACUGUGGAGGGCCCCUGUGAGGCCAAGAUCGAGUGCCAGGACAAUGGUGAUGGCUCAUGUGCGGUCAGCUACCUGCCCACGGAGCCGGGCGAGUACACCAUCAACAUCCUGUUCGCCGAAGCCCACAUCCCCGGCUCACCCUUCAAGGCUACCAUCCGGCCCGUGUUCGACCCGAGCAAGGUGCGGGCCAGUGGGCCAGGCCUGGAGCGUGGCAAGGCUGGUGAGGCAGCCACCUUCACUGUGGACUGCUCGGAGGCGGGCGAGGCUGAGCUGACCAUCGAGAUCCUGUCAGACGCUGGCGUCAAGGCCGAGGUGCUGAUCCACAACAAUGCUGACGGCACCUACCACAUCACCUACAGCCCCGCCUUCCCCGGCACCUACACUAUUACCAUCAAGUACGGUGGGCACCCCGUACCCAAAUUCCCCACCCGCGUCCAUGUGCAGCCCGCUAUCGACACCAGUGGAGUCAAGGUCUCGGGGCCUGGUGUGGAGCCGCACGGUGUCCUGCGUGAGGUGACCACUGAGUUCACUGUGGAUGCAAGAUCCCUAACAGCCACAGGUGGGAACCAUGUGACGGCUCGUGUGCUCAACCCCUCGGGUGCUAAGACGGACACCUACGUGACGGACAACGGGGAUGGCACCUACCGAGUGCAAUACACAGCCUAUGAAGAGGGCGUACAUUUGGUGGAGGUGCUGUAUGAUGACGUAGCUGUGCCCAAGAGUCCCUUCCGAGUGGGUGUGACCGAGGGCUGUGACCCCACGCGUGUUCGGGCCUAUGGACCAGGCCUGGAGGGUGGCUUGGUCAACAAGGCCAACCGCUUCACUGUGGAGACCAGGGGAGCAGGCACUGGGGGCCUAGGCCUAGCCAUCGAGGGCCCCUCGGAAGCCAAGAUGUCCUGCAAAGACAACAAGGAUGGCAGCUGCACCGUAGAGUACAUCCCCUUCACCCCUGGAGACUAUGACGUCAAUAUCACCUUUGGGGGGCGGCCCAUCCCAGGGAGCCCGUUCCGGGUGCCAGUGAAGGAUGUGGUGGACCCCGGGAAAGUGAAAUGCUCAGGACCAGGGCUGGGGGCCGGUGUCAGGGCCCGGGUACCCCAGACCUUCACGGUGGACUGCAGCCAGGCUGGCCGGGCCCCCCUGCAGGUGGCUGUGCUGGGCCCCACAGGUGUGGCUGAGCCUGUGGAGAUACGUGACAAUGGAGAUGGCACCCAUGCUGUCCACUACACCCCGGCCACUGAUGGUCCAUACACGGUAGCCGUCAAGUAUGCCGACCAGGAAGUGCCACGCAGCCCCUUCAAGAUCAAGGUGCUUCCAGCCCAUGAUGCCAGCAAGGUGCGGGCCAGUGGCCCUGGCCUCAACGCCGCUGGCAUCCCUGCCAGUCUGCCUGUGGAGUUCACCAUCGAUGCCCGGGAUGCUGGUGAGGGCUUGCUUACCGUCCAGAUCCUGGACCCCGAGGGUAAGCCCAAGAAGGCCAACAUCCGAGACAAUGGGGAUGGCACAUACACCGUGUCCUACCUGCCAGACAUGAGUGGCCGGUACACCAUCACCAUCAAGUACGGCGGUGACGAGAUCCCCUACUCACCCUUCCGCAUCCAUGCCCUGCCCACUGGGGACGCCAGCAAGUGCCUCGUCACAGUGUCCAUUGGAGGCCAUGGCCUGGGUGCCUGCCUAGGCCCCCGCAUCCAGAUCGGGGAGGAGACGGUGAUCACAGUGGACGCCAAGGCAGCAGGCAAGGGGAAGGUAACAUGCACAGUGUCCACGCCGGAUGGGGCAGAGCUCGACGUGGACGUGGUUGAGAACCAUGACGGUACCUUUGACAUCUACUACACAGCGCCCGAGCCGGGCAAGUACGUCAUCACCAUCCGCUUUGGAGGCGAGCACAUCCCCAACAGUCCCUUCCAUGUGCUGGCGUGUGACCCCAUGCCCCACGUGGAGGAGCCCUCUGACGUGUUGCAGCUGCACCGGCCCAGCGCCUACCCCACACACUGGGCCACAGAGGAGCCAGUGGUGCCUGUGGAGCCAAUGGAGUCUAUGUUGAGGCCCUUCAACCUGGUCAUCCCCUUCACCGUGCAGAAAGGGGAGCUCACAGGGGAGGUACGGAUGCCCUCUGGGAAAACUGCCCGGCCCAAUAUCACCGACAACAAGGAUGGCACCAUCACAGUGAGGUACGCGCCCACUGAGAAAGGCCUGCACCAGAUGGGGAUCAAGUAUGAUGGCAACCACAUCCCUGGGAGCCCCCUGCAGUUCUAUGUGGAUGCCAUCAACAGCCGCCAUGUCAGUGCCUACGGGCCAGGCCUGAGCCAUGGCAUGGUCAACAAGCCGGCCACCUUCACCAUUGUCACCAAGGAUGCUGGGGAAGGGGGUCUGUCACUGGCCGUGGAGGGCCCGUCCAAAGCAGAGAUCACCUGCAAGGACAACAAGGAUGGCACCUGCACGGUGUCCUACCUACCCACAGCGCCUGGAGACUACAGCAUCAUCGUGCGCUUUGAUGACAAGCACAUCCCGGGGAGCCCCUUCACAGCCAAGAUCACAGGCGAUGACUCGAUGAGGACGUCACAGCUAAACGUGGGCACCUCCACGGAUGUGUCACUGAAGAUCACCGAGAGUGACCUGAGCCUGCUGACCGCCAGCAUCCGUGCCCCCUCGGGCAACGAGGAGCCCUGCCUGCUGAAGCGCCUGCCCAACCGGCACAUUGGCAUCUCCUUCACCCCCAAGGAAGUUGGGGAGCAUGUGGUGAGCGUGCGCAAGAGUGGGAAGCACGUCACCAAUAGCCCCUUCAAGAUCCUGGUGGGGCCUUCUGAGAUCGGGGACGCUAGCAAGGUGCGGGUCUGGGGCAAGGGCCUGUCCGAGGGACAAACCUUCCAGGUGGCGGAGUUCAUCGUGGACACUCGUAAUGCAGGUUAUGGGGGCCUGGGGCUGAGUAUUGAAGGCCCUAGCAAGGUGGACAUCAACUGUGAGGACAUGGAGGAUGGCACAUGCAAAGUCACCUACUGCCCCACUGAACCCGGCACCUACAUCAUCAACAUCAAGUUUGCUGACAAGCAUGUGCCAGGAAGCCCCUUCACUGUGAAGGUUACCGGUGAGGGCCGCAUGAAGGAAAGCAUCACCCGGCGCAGGCAGGCACCUUCCAUCGCCACCAUUGGCAGCACCUGUGACCUCAACCUCAAGAUCCCAGGGAACUGGUUCCAGAUGGUGUCUGCCCAGGAGCGCCUGACACGCACCUUCACGCGCAGCAGCCACACGUACACCCGCACAGAGCGCACGGAGAUCAGCAAGACCCGGGGCGGAGAGACCAAGCGUGAGGUGCGGGUGGAGGAGUCCACCCAGGUUGGCGGAGACCCCUUCCCCGCGGUCUUCGGGGACUUCCUGGGCCGCGAACGCCUGGGCUCCUUUGGCAGCAUCACUCGGCAGCAGGAGGGUGAGGCCAGCUCUCAAGACAUGACCGCACAGGUGACCAGCCCAUCGGGCAAGACAGAAGCCGCAGAGAUCGUCGAGGGGGAGGACAGUGCAUACAGCGUGCGCUUUGUGCCCCAGGAGAUGGGGCCCCAUACUGUCACUGUCAAGUACCGUGGCCAGCACGUGCCCGGCAGCCCCUUUCAGUUCACUGUGGGGCCACUGGGUGAAGGUGGUGCCCACAAGGUGCGGGCUGGAGGCACAGGGCUGGAGCGAGGUGUGGCUGGCGUGCCAGCUGAGUUCAGCAUCUGGACCCGAGAAGCAGGUGCCGGGGGCCUGUCGAUUGCUGUGGAGGGUCCCAGCAAGGCAGAGAUUGCAUUUGAGGACCGCAAAGACGGCUCCUGUGGGGUCUCCUAUGUUGUCCAGGAACCAGGUGACUAUGAGGUCUCCAUCAAGUUCAAUGAUGAGCACAUCCCAGACAGCCCCUUUGUGGUGCCUGUGGCCUCCCUCUCAGACGAUGCUCGCCGCCUCACUGUCACCAGCCUCCAGGAGACGGGGCUCAAGGUGAACCAGCCAGCGUCCUUUGCGGUGCAGCUGAAUGGUGCGCGGGGCGUGAUCGAUGCUAGGGUGCACACGCCCUCGGGUGCGGUGGAGGAGUGCUACGUCUCCGAGCUGGACAGUGACAAGCACACCAUCCGCUUCAUCCCCCACGAGAAUGGCGUCCACUCCAUCGAUGUCAAGUUCAACGGUGCCCACAUCCCUGGCAGUCCCUUCAAGAUCCGUGUUGGGGAGCAGAGCCAAGCUGGGGACCCAGGCUUGGUGUCAGCCUAUGGUCCCGGGCUGGAGGGAGGCACUACAGGUGUAUCAUCAGAGUUCAUUGUCAACACCCUGAACGCGGGCUCAGGGGCCUUGUCUGUCACCAUCGAUGGCCCCUCCAAGGUGCAGCUGGACUGUCGGGAAUGUCCUGAGGGCCACGUGGUCACUUACACUCCCAUGGCCCCUGGCAACUACCUCAUCGCCAUCAAGUAUGGUGGCCCGCAGCACAUCGUGGGCAGCCCCUUCAAGGCCAAAGUCACAGGUCCCCGGCUAUCGGGAGGCCACAGCCUUCACGAAACAUCCACGGUUCUGGUGGAGACUGUGACCAAGUCAUCCUCAAGCCGGGGCUCCAGCUACAGCUCCAUCCCCAAGUUCUCCUCGGAUGCCAGCAAGGUGGUGACGCGGGGCCCCGGGCUGUCCCAGGCCUUUGUGGGCCAGAAGAACUCCUUCACCGUGGACUGCAGCAAAGCAGGCACCAACAUGAUGAUGGUGGGUGUGCACGGGCCCAAGACCCCCUGUGAGGAGGUGUAUGUGAAGCACAUGGGGAACCGGGUGUACAACGUCACCUACACCGUCAAGGAGAAAGGAGACUACAUCCUCAUCGUCAAGUGGGGCGACGAAAGUGUCCCCGGAAGCCCCUUCAAAGUCAAUGUGCCCUGAAUCCCAGAAGUGCCUCCCCCAGCCUUGAUCCCCACCUCUGGCCAAACACACUCACACACACACACAAAUGUGCCACACCCAGAUGCACACUUGCAGAAUCAGUUACCACAAACACCUGCCUUGGGGUGUGAAAUGAAGGCACAGCCUCCCCACCCUGCUGUGCCCCCCGGGGGCGGAGGGCCUUGUCUGUCUCAGGGCAGUGUGCCUCCCCUCAAAUGUGAUGUGAGGGUGGCCGGGGGGUUAGGGGGGCCAGGGAAGCCCUGAGUUUUCUGAUGGGCUGAGGCCAGUGGGGGAGCACAUGUGUGGGGGCGUCUGUGUGUGUGAGAGAGGUUACCCUCAAACCGCACCGCCGGCCAUACUCCUUGCCGCUGAGGACUGUGUCUGGCCCCUCUGUGGCCACAACCCCAGAGUGUUAAAGACUUGGAAAAGCAAGCACAAUCAGAGAAGAAAACAGACCCAGAACCAGUGGCAGCAUCGGCACGUGGCCCAGCCGGGGGUGAUUUAUCCUCCGCCCCAGCUAGGCUCCUGGGGGACUGACUUCUCUUUUUUUAUGGUUGCACAGCUCUGCCCCACUGGGGGCCUUUUUUACACACUGCGAGGCCCAGCUUUCUGGGGGGACUUUUGCACAUGUCAUGCGACUCAGCUGGGAGCCACUUAGGUGGAAAACUCCAAAUAAAGUGCGGCCUGUCGCAGAG